AUGAUCCUAGGCAUGCGCAGCUGGGACGACUUCUUCUCGGCCGUCCAGCAGGACACCACCCUCCACCAGGACCUGCUGUCUUUUGUGGCGCAGCCGUGGGUGGACCGCCCAUGGUACAGGGCCAACACGCACCCCGCCAUGGUGGCCGUGUUCAACGACCGGACGCACGCCGCGGCACUGGCGGAUCUGCGAGACAUCAUCAACACCAUCGACCGCUCCCUUGCACCAGAGCAGGCCAGGUGGUUUGUGCCCUAUCUGCGCGACGUGUCGUCCGCGCCAGUCAUCUACACAGCGAUGACGAGCCUGACGUCCAGGGUGUUUGACGACGACGCCGUGGCCGCCCUGGAGCGCACUGUGGAUGUGGCGCUGACGCCGGAGCGGCUGGCAAAGGUGUUCAAGGCCAUGAAAGCUGCUAUGGCCGCACCCGUCCCCAAGGCAGUGCUGGACGCCACGCUUGAGGGUGGCAAUCCCGUGGUCUCAGGAGCAUUCACGGGGUUCCAAACAUACUGGACUAAGGCGCGGCGCUCCAAGUAUCUGGGCGUUUACGACGAGGUCCAGACGGAUGAUCAUUUUUGCCGCGUGGCUCAGUUUAUGCGCGAGCUGCUGCCCCUCUCUGGGAAGGAGGGCCUGGAAACGCUGUUUUGCGCGCUGGACGGAGUGCUGCCCCAGGAGCGCCUGGACCGCUUGGCGGUGGCGCUGGGCGGGCUGCUGGGCGGAGACUGGGGGCUGGGUGUGGCACAGCGGCUGGACGACGCCCUGCCAGAUGAGCGGGUGACGGGGCUGCUGCUGGCGGUCGACGAGGCAACAGACACUGCCCGCCUGGAACGCACACGCAUGGUGCUGGAGGCGCUGGCCACCGUGUUGACGCCGCAGCGUUUGGAGCGCACGUUUGCGGCACUAGAGCUUGUGCUGGCCCAUGGGCGCCUCGUCGGCUACAAGGCCCUGAUUGACAGAGUCACCGACGACCCUGUGCGCCUGGAGCGCUUCACUACCUCGGCUGAGCGUCUGCUGACACCUCGCGCUGUGGGUGCGGCACUGGACUUGGCGGGCGUCCUCCUGGCAGACGCAGGGCGCUCCGAAAAGGUGUUCAGCGCCCUGGAUAUGGCGUGGGGUGACGCAAGCAAGCUGGAGCUCUGGUUGGACGCCGUCGACACCAUCAACAUCGGCAGAGACGGCCGCGGCAGCAAGCUGCUGGCCAUCGCAGACCUAGCCACGACGCCACAGCCUGGCCCCCUCGCCAGCGGAGGCCUGCCCAACCUGGGUCGGGCGCUGGAGCACGCCCUGAGCGCGGCACGCAUAGAGGCACUUGGCGCGGCAAUCGACCGGGUGCGCGUUGCUGUCAGGUCACCUCCUUGA